AUGGAACCGGCUUACUGGGAAUGUGCAAAAAGUGACCGAGGCGAUGGUGCCAUCUCCAACAUCAUUGCAUUUUUGAGCUGUUCGAGUCUGUUUCUAAGUGUUGGCCUUCUGAUAAUGCUGUGUUUCCUAACCGGCAAAACAAGGACCUAUCUGACUCAUUUGCGGGCUAUCACAGGAUCUACGGUACUUUGCAGUUUUAUGGGUCUGUGCAAUUACCUAAUACCCACCCGAUUCGCGCCCACGGACUAUAUUUUUGGCCCCAUCGUGUGCCACGUCUGGAGUAGCCUCUACCUCUUUGACGUAUCUUACAUAUUCGGCGUUCUGAACCUCGUCUUCAUGGUGGGACACAGGGCAAUUCAGAUUGCCGAAAAAUACCAGAACUCCUUCGCUCCGUCCAUGUUCUCAGAUCUAACAUGCGUCCUAAUUUUAGGACUCAGCAGCAUCCUAAGUAUACUAAGUCAGGCAUUUCUGGUGAAAUGGAGCGGCAGAGAUUGCCUCUGCCGUGAAACAGACGUACCAUACUGGGUGCUGGUGUCUGCUUACGUGGGAACCUUUGUCCGGUUUGGACUAGCCGUUUUCAUUAGCCCCAUUAUCCUGUUCCUUUCAUGCUAUAAGAUUGUCCAGUGGGUGCGUAGCAAACCAACGGAGAAGCUUCUGGAUACCUGGAAUGGUCUGGCGCCCCCGGGCACAACAGAGCAGCAGACGGCGAGCCUACUUCGACCGCGUGGCUGGAUGACAGCAUCCAUGUGCACCCUACCACUUUCAAUAAAUUUUGUGGCAUGCAGUCUCUACAACACCAUAUAUCAAUUUAUCUGUGCGGUGGGGUUGUGCAAAGUGGUACAGGACAGUUUGUCCUAUCGGUUGGGAAUCCUGCUUCUGUACCUUCACUUAUUUCUCUCGCCCAUCAUUAUCGCUGUCUACAUUCCGGCGCUUAGAGACCCAGUUGUACGUGGCAUCAAACGACUCCUCCCAAGGCUGUUUGGGAAAAAAACGCGAAGAUUUGUUGAAAAUGAUACGGAAGAGUUGAAUGGUCCCUAA